UCCCCCAACAGCGAUCUUCCCCCAGCGGCCUGGCCAGCAUCGCCCGCACCCUCAGCAUCCACCAGCAGUACUGGGGCUGCCUGCAGAGCACCGAGAUCGAGGAGGAGGAGGAAGAGGAGGAGGAGGAGAAGGAAGAGGAGGAAGAGGAGGAAGAAGCAGAGGCAGAAGCAGGGGAGGAAGAGGAGGAGAACGAGGAUGAGGAUGAAGGAAAGGAGGAGCUGGAGGGGGAUGGGAACCCCCAGAGACCCCCCCCGGAGCCACCGCCAAGAGCCCGAGUGGGGUUGGUCUAUGACCCCCGCAUGGAGGAGCACAGGAACACCUGGGACAGCCAGCACCCCGAGUGCCCGCAGCGCCUGUCCGCGGGUUCUGCAGCGCCUGCAGGAGCUGGGGCUGGCCCAGCGCUGCCUCCCGCUGCCCUCCCGGCCCGCGAGCCCCCGGCAGCUCCACGCCUGCCACACCCGUGCCCACGUGCGGACGCUGUCCCGGACGCCGUCGCUGUCCCCGCGGGAGCUGCGGGCGCUGUCCCAGCGCUACAACAGCGUCUACCUGUGCCCCCAGUCCUACACCUGUGCCCGCCUGGCCGCGGGCGGGGCCUGCGCCGCCGUGGGGGCCGUGCUGCGGGGCCAGGUGCGCUCGGCGCUGGCCGUGCUGCGUCCCCCCGGCCACCACGCCCGCCCGAGCUCUGCCGGGGGCUUCUGCCUCUUCAACAACGUGGGGGUGGCCGUGCGCCACGCCCAGCGCCUGGCGGGGACCCCCCUCAGGGUGCUGAUCCUCGACUGGGACGUUCACCACGGCAACGGCACCCAGGAGAUCUUCGAAGAGGACCCCAGUUUGGGCCAGAGCUGGUGCUGGUGUCGGCCGGGUUCGACGCGGGGGGCCGGGGGGACCCUCUGGGGGGGUGCCUGGUGUCCCCCCAGACCUUCGGCCUCAUGA